AUGACAGAUAUUCAUAUUAAUGAGAUAAAAAUACAUCACGAAUGUCAAAAGCACGAUGCAUUAACAAAAUUUUAUGGGAUAACAAAAGAUCCGGUAACGGAAGAAUUUAUGUUAGUUUUGGAAUAUGCGAAAAUUGAAAUAUCAACUGGAAUGAUUUCUUAUGAGAAAAAUCAUUUUUCACUUGCAUUAGCAAUUAUUAAUGGACUACGACCAAUAAUUGCUGAAGGAACCCCGGAUUCAAGUUGUACUUUUGAUGUUUCUCGACAACGAAAAAAUAUUACGAAUUUUACGGGACUUCAAGUUGAAGCGCUUGUACAGCCAAAAUCUGGUGGAUGGCCUCAUUAA